AUGAGGGCGUGGACGCUGGUGCUGGCGUGUGUGCUGCCCCUGGUGCUCGCACACGGCACGGAAGACAACCCCACCAUCACCCCUGAAGGAGAUUGCUGUGCUGCUCUCCUCGUCGAGGGCGAGGAGGGCUCCCUCGACGCCGCCGGCAAAUACCGUCUGCCGGCCAUUUGCCGUGGAGUACCUUCCCCCGUGACCUGCACACCACUGGGGUUCACCAACGACCACAACAUGGUCGAGGAGCCAGCUUGGCUUCUUGCCUACAGGAGCCAGGCCGACAUUCGGCAACACCCCUCCUGCUCGCCCGUGGAAUGGGAACAGAGGUGCCCCCCCGGGGCGACGAUGCUGCUCUCAAAGAAGAGGGGCGGGUGCCCCGCGGCCGGCUGCGUCGCUGCUACCGCCCAGGAGUCGGUCAACGUGGGGCAAGAUGUCGGGGACGACGCAGCAAUCCUCAGGGCGGUCACCGGCCAAGUGACCGCCAGGCUUCGAGCCGAGAAACCCGACCUUCCUAGGUCUUUUUACUGGCACGUCCGGGGGCUCCGGCGUGCUUUCGACAAGGGCCCAAAGCGGGGGGUGGGAGAAGUGACGCAGGCCAUGAAGGCCACCGACGAAGUGGACAUUGAGCUUCUUCGCUCCCUCACGGAGGUAGCGAUGACGAAGGGCUUCCGCGGCGGGAAGCUGGAGGAGGUAAUUGCCGUGGUGGCGCAGUACGACCGCCAGCAGGCUGCCGUGGCGAUGAUGAGGUGCGAGGGCAGUGUCACGUUGGUUUUUUUUUUUACCCUUCCUUCGAUUUGGUCACUUCUCCGACCAUCAAAGUCCACGAUUGAUUAUUAG